CUGGCGCUGAGCGUGAAUUAGAGACGCGGUUGCACUAUUGAGCGCAGCCGUAGCUCAUGAGCUCAAACCCCCUUCACAAGGCCUGAUCGUUACUUCGAUGCUCCCUUGUCAUAACAUAUCUCUCUUUGCUGCAUGAUGGUUGACGUCAUUUUCGGUUGCUCACAUAACUCUGGUAUGACAAGUAACCAUAUAUCCAACAACAUGCCAAGACAGACUUGCCAUGCAAACGAGGAACCAGUCGCUUUGACCAAUGCCGUGCAAAAGCUGUGGGAGUAGAGGUUCUUGAUGCCGUUGGCCCCGCACGUAGGGCCGCCGACCCUUGAAACAAGAGCGGUGACGAAGUGUGCCCCACAUCCAAGCAACAGCGCAGGCAACUCCUAAACACCACAGCUCUCAAUCGGUCGGCUUUUGCAUUGCUCUGAGCGUUAAAUUUCCUUGCACAAUGUCUCUCGUAUCUGACGCCAUCUGGGCUGCUGCGCCCGCAACCACCCGAGGACAGCCAACUCCUCUUUCGUCUGACCCCAAGGGAGAGCGGAUAGCCUACGCUUCAGGCAAAUCCAUCUUCCUCCGCUCCAUCGACGACCCCUCCGUCAGCACACAAUACACCCAACACACCGCUCAGACUACGGUUGCCCGGUUCUCGCCCUCCGGCUUCUAUGUGGCGAGUGGAGAUGCGUCUGGAGCCGUCAAGGUCUGGGAUUGCGCAGGCGAAGGCGCUACAAAAGGCGACUACCACAUUAUCGCCGGGCGAAUCAACGAUAUUGCAUGGGAUGGCGAUUCACAGCGAAUCAUUGCUGUCGGUGAUGGCAAGGAACGAUUCGGACACUGCAUCACGGCAGACAGCGGUAACAGCGUGGGCGAGAUCUCCGGACACUCGCAACAGAUCAACAGCGUUUCGAUCCGUCAACAACGACCGCUGCGAGCUGUGACCGGAUCUGACGACAGCAGUCUCGUCUUCUACCACGGUGCGCCCUUCAAGUUCAACACUAGUCUGAGAGAGCAACACAACCGCUUCGUGUUCGGCACGGCCUUCUCUCCAGAUGGGUCGCUCUUUGCUAGUGUGGGUGCCGACAAGCGCAUUUGGUUAUACGAUGGCAAGACCGGUGAAGCCAAGGGUCAGAUUGGGGACGGCGUGCAUACCGGCAGCAUUUUCGGCAUUUCCUGGGCGAAGGACUCAAAGAAGUUCGUGACAGCUAGCGCAGACCAGACUGUCCGAAUCUGGGAUCCUGAAGCAGGAAAGAACAUCCAAACCUGGAGAAUGGGUGAAGAAGGGGUUGUCAGCAUUCCGGACCAGCAAGUCGGUGUUGUGUGGCCCACCGGCCGCAGCGACGGUCUGAUCGUCAGUGUGGAUCUAGAAGGAAACCUUAACUACUUGGCAGACGGGAGCCCCAAGCCGACCAGAGUGGUGCGCGGACACCAGAAGAACAUCACAUCUGCCGGUAUCUCGGGCUCGACAUUUGCUACUGGUAGCUACGAUGGCCGCGUUCUUGCUUGGGACGUCUCCACAGGCCUUGCAGACAAGGUUGAGGGAUCCUCACAUUCCAACUACGUGGCAGGCAUCACUGCUGCUGAGUCCAAGAGCCAGGCUGAGCUUUACACAGUAGGCUGGGAUGACACACUAAGGUCGAUCUCCGUCCCGGACAAGAUCUUCACCGGUGAGGCAAGUUCACUUGGUUUCCAGCCCAAGGGCAUCGCUUCUACGGGAGACGUUACGCUGGUCACUUCCGCGGACUCGAUAGCCAUCUACGCAAAGGGAGCCAAGGCCGGCUCACUGCCGGUCAAGUAUGGUGCUACAUCGAUCGCUGCGCACGGCUCGACUGUUGCAGUUGGUGGAGACGACAAGCUUGUCCACGUUUAUACCUUAUCUGGAACCGAACUCAAGGAAACCGGUACAGAGCUUCGCCGCGCUACGGCCGCUAUCUCAGCCGUUGCCUUCUCUCCAUCCGGCUCUAAGCUUGCAUUUGGUGCUAGCAACGGCAAGAUCUAUGCAUAUGAGGCUGGCGGAGACUGGAAGAUCAUCACGGACCGAUGGAGCGCGCACACUGCCCGCAUCACAUGCCUAGCAUGGGAUGAAAGCGAGCAGUUUGCCGCAAGUGGAAGCUUGGACACGAAUGUCAUGGUGUGGAGUGUCGAGGAUCCGGGCAAGCGAAUCAAAGCGCUCAACGCUCACAAGGACGGUGUUACCGGUGUGGCUUGGGAAAAGGCAACGAAGGUCCUCAGUGCGGGUGGUGACGCUAGCAUUAAAGUGUGGACCGUCAAGGCGUGAGAGCUACGAACGAUAGCAUAUCUAGCAUGGUUCGAAAUGGUUCGCUAAUUACGCUUGAUGCGUUCAUUGUGCGCCUGAAAUGGUCACGGAGCAUGCCGAUGAAAUAGGAAAAAAAGCAACACCAACUCAGUCAUAUGCCAGACCGACGGCUCUUAAGAGAGAGCAAAUAUGAGGCGAGAUUGGUGGUGGGGCGUGGUUUGUUGUGCCCUCGUAUGCAGUUGCCGUCCUUCCCAUGUAAGUUGCAGUCAGCCUAGGUACCGCUUACCACCUACAACCCUGCACUAUGUUAGUCCUUCUCCCCUGUACUGGCAUCAAAUGGGAUUGGGCCUUUUAGAUUCCAAC